AUGUUGAUGAAUGCAGACUUGGGAAUCACACCUGUCACAGUCAGGCAACGUGCAGUAAUACCAAUGGGUCGUUCACUUGUACCUGCAAUGAAGGUUAUACAGGAAAUGGAACCACGUGUGAAGAUGUUGAUGAAUGCACACUUGGGAAUCACACCUGUCACAGUCAAGCAACGUGCAGUAAUACCAAUGGGUCGUUCAAUUGUACCUGCAAUGUAGGUUAUACAGGAAAUGGAACCACGUGUGAAGACAUAAACGAAUGCGUUGGAGCAUCGCGAAAAUGUUCAGGUGCAGGUCAAAAAUGUGUCAACUACCCUGGAGCAUUCCUUUGUUAUUGUAAUAGUCCAGGAGAGCAAAUUAUUGAUGGAGAAUGUACUGAUAUUGAGGCCUCUGUCGAAGGUCGAUUUGUGAUUAUAAAUUACGUCUACAUCCCUGCUUAUAAUAAUACGCAAAGUUUGGAGUACUUUCAAAUUAUUCAACGGUUAAAAAAGGAGCUUACGUCUCUCUACACGGGAACAGCGAAGCUACGUUCUACCUUUCAGGCAGUCAUCAUUGUACGACUAUUCCCAGGAUCUGUUGGUUUUGAUUACGUUGCAACAUUCAAUGAUUCCGCUGGAAUAAGCAAUGAAAAUAUUCAAGAAGAGUUAGUCAAGUCAAUGAAUGUAACGCAAAACGGCACAUUUCUUGGAGCAGAUUUCCAAAUCAGCGAGAGCACAAAUCUCACUGAAGUAAUAAGGCAAUUUAGUGUGAAAGAUUAUGACGAAUGCAACCCACAAAAUAGUAUCCAUACUACUGGCUGUGGCAACAACGCGUUAUGUACGAACACAUACACAAGUUAUGUGUGUAUUUGUCUUCCUGGAUAUGAAAAAAAUAACACAGGCUGUACUGAUGUUGAUGAAUGCGCACUUGACACUGACAACUGUGACAAUCAGGCAACGUGUAAAAACACCAAUGGGUCGUUCACUUGUACCUGCAAUGAAGGUUAUACAGGAAACGGAACUAUGUGCGAAGAUGUUGACGAAUGCACACUUGGGACUCAUAAUUGCGACAGUAAGGCAACGUGCAGUAAUACCACCGGUUCGUUCAUUUGUACCUGUAACGACGGUUAUACAGGAAAUGGUACUACAUGCGAAGAUGUUGACGAAUGCACAGUUGGGACUCACAAUUGCCACAGUCAGGCAACGUGCAAUGAUACCACGGGGUCGUUCACUUGUACCUGCAAUGAAGGUUAUACAGGAAAUGGAAUCAUGUGUGAAGAUGUUGAUGAAUGCGCACUUGACACUGACAACUGUGACAAUCAAGCAACGUGUAAAAACACCAGUGGGUCGUUCACUUGUACCUGCAAUGAAGGGUAUACAGGAAAUGGAACUACGUGCGAAGAUGUUGACGAAUGCACACUUGGGACUCAUAAUUGCGACAGUAAGGCAAAGUGCAGUAAUACCACCGGUUCGUUCAUUUGUACCUGUAACGACGGUUAUACAGGAAAUGGUACUACAUGCGAAGAUGUUGACGAAUGCACAGUUGGGACUCACAAUUGCCACAGUCAGGCAACGUGCAAUGAUACCACGGGGUCGUUCACUUGUACCUGCAAUGAAGGUUAUACAGGAAAUGGAAUCAUGUGUGCAGAUGUUGAUGAAUGCGCACUUGACACUGACAACUGUGACAAUCAAGCAACGUGUAAAAACACCACUGGUUCGUUUACUUGUACCUGUAAUGAAGGUUAUACAGGAGAUGGUGUCACGUGCGAAGAUGUUGAUGAGUGCGCUCUUGGUAGUGACAAUUGUGACAAUCACGCAACGUGUAAAAACACCACUGGCUCGUUCACUUGUACCUGUAAUGAAGGUUAUACAGGAGAUGGAACCACGUGCAAAGAUGUUGACGAAUGCUCACUUGGGACUCAUAAUUGUCACAGUCAGGCAACUUGCAGUAAUACCACUGGGUCGUUCAAUUGUACCUGCAAUAAAGGUUAUACAGGAAAUGGAACCAUGUGUGAAGAUGUGGACGAAUGCACACUUAAAACGCAUAAUUGUCACAGCCAAGCAACGUGUAAAAACACCGCUGGUUCGUUCAAUUGUACCUGUAAUGAAGGUUAUACAGGAGAUGGAACCACGUGCAAAGAUGUUGACGAAUGCACACUUGGGACUCAUAAUUGUCACAGUCAGGCAACUUGCAGUAAUACCACUGGGUCGUUCAAUUGUACCUGCAAUAAAGGUUAUAAAGGAAAUGGAACCAUGUGUGAAGAUGUGGACGAAUGCACACUUAAUACGCAUAAUUGUCACAGCCAAGCAACGUGUAAAAACACCGCUGGCUCGUUCAAUUGUACCUGCCAUGAAGGUUUUACAGGAGAUGGAACCACGUGCAAAGAUAUUAACGAAUGCACAGUUGGAGCUCAUAAUUGUCACAGUCAGGCAACGUGCAGUAAUACCACUGGGUCGUUCAAUUGUACCUGCAAUGAAGGUUAUUCAGGAAAUGGAACCAUGUGUGAAGAUGUGGACGAAUGCACACUUAAUACGCAUAAUUGUCACAGCCAAGCAACGUGUAAAAACACCGCUGGCUCGUUCAAUUGUACCUGCCAUGAAGGUUUUACAGGAGAUGGAACCACGUGCAAAGAUGUUGACGAAUGCACAGUUGGGGCUCAUAAUUGUCACAGUCAGGCAACGUGCAGUAAUACCACUGGGUCGUUCAAUUGUACCUGCAAUGAAGGUUAUACAGGAAAUGGAACCAUGUGUGAAGAUGUGGACGAAUGCAUACUUAGAACGCAUAAUUGUCACAGCCAAGCAACGUGUAAAAACACCAUUGGUUGGUUCACUUGUACCUGCAAUGAAGGUUAUACAGGAAAUGGAGCUACAUGCGAAGACAUAAACGAAUGUGUUGCAGCACCGCGAAAAUGUUCAGGUCAAGGUCAAGAAUGUUUCAACUUUCCUGGAGCAUACCGUUGUAAUUGUAUUAGUCCAAGACAGCAAAUUAUUGAUGGAGAAUGUACUGAUAUUCAGGCCUCUGUCGAAGGUCAAUUUGUGAUUAUAAAUCGCGUCUACAUCCCUGCCUAUAAUGAUCCACAAAGUUUAGAGUACUUUAAAAUUACUCAAGUGUUAAUCAUUGAGCUUACGAACCUCUACACGAGAACACCGAGGCUACGUUUUACCUUUCAGUCAAUCAUCAUUUUACGACUAUUCCAAGGAUCUCUUGGUUUUGAUUACGUUGCAACAUUCAAUGAUUCCGCUGGAAUAAACAAUGAAAAUAUUCAAGAAGAGUUAGUCGAGUCAAUGAAUGUAACGCAAAACGGCACAUUUCUUGGAGCAGAUUUCCAAAUCAGCAAGAGCACAAAUCUCACUGAAGUGAAAGACCAAUUUAGUGUGAAAGAUUAUGACGAAUGCAAUCCACAGAAUAGUAUCCAUACUCCUGAUUGUGGUAACAACGCGUUAUGUAGGAACACAAACACAAGUUAUGAAUGUAUUUGUCUUUCUGGAUAUGAAAAAAACAACACAAGCUGUAUUGAUGUUGAUGAAUGCGCACUUGGGAAGGACAACUGUGACAAUCAAGCAACGUGUAAAAACACCAAUGGGUCGUUCACUUGUCUCUGCAAUGAAGGGUAUACAGGAAACGGAACUGCGUGCGAAGAUGUUGACGAAUGCACCCUUCGGACUCAUAAUUGCGACAGUAAGGCAACGUGCCGUAAUACCAUCGGUUCGUUCAUUUGUACCUGUAAUGACGGUUAUACAGGAAAUGGUACUACAUGCGAAGAUGUUGAUGAGUGCGCACGUGACACUGACAACUGUGACAAUCAAGCAACGUGUAAAAACACCAAUGGGUCGUUCACUUGUACCUGCAAUGAAGGGUAUACAGGAAACGGAACCACGUGCGAAGAUGUUAACGAAUGCGCACUUGGGACUCACAAUUGCCACAGGAAGGCAAGGUGCAGUAAUACCACCGGUUCGUUCAUUUGUACCUGCAAGGACGGUUAUACAGGAAAUGGUACUACAUGCGAAGAUGUUGAUGAGUGCGCACGUGACACUGACAACUGUGACAAUCAAGCAACGUGUAAAAACACCAAUGGGUCGUUCACUUGUACCUGCAAUGAAGGGUAUACAGGAAACGGAACCACGUGCGAAGAUGUUAACGAAUGCGCACUUGGGACUCACAAUUGCCACAGGAAGGCAAGGUGCAGUAAUACCACCGGUUCGUUCAUUUGUACCUGCAAGGACGGUUAUACAGGAAAUGGUACUACAUGCAAAGAUGUUGAUGAAUGCAGACUUGGGAAUCACACCUGUCACAGUCAGGCAACGUGCAGUAAUACCAAUGGGUCGUUCACUUGUACCUGCAAUGAAGGUUAUACAGGAAAUGGAAUUCUGUGUAAAGACAUAAACGAAUGUGUUGGAGCAUCGCGAAAAUGUUCAGGUCAAGGUCAAGAAUGUGUCAACUUCCCUGGAGCAUACCGUUGCCAUUGUACCAGUCCACGACAGCAACUUAUUGAUGAAGAAUGUACUGAUAUUCAAGCCUCUGUCGAAGGUCGAUUUGUCAUUAUAAAUUACCGCUACAUCCCUGCCUAUGAUAAUCCACAAAGUCUAGAAUACUUUAAAUUUACUCAACUGUUAAUCAUUGAGCUUACGAACCUCUACACGAGAGCAGCGACGCUACGUUUUACCUUUCAGAGUGUCAUCAUUUUACGACUAUUCCCUGGAUCUGUUGGUUCUGUUUACGUUGCAACAUUCAAUGAUUCCGCUGGAAUAAACAGUAACAAUAUUCAAAACGAAUUGAUCGAUGCAAUGAAUUUCACACAAAACAGCACAUUUCUUGGAGCAUAUCUCCAAAUCAGCAACAGCACAAAUCGCACUGAAGUAAAAGGCCUCUUCAGUGUGAAAGACUAUGACGAAUGCAAUGUUAGUAGUAUCCAUACUCCUGAUUGUGGUAACAACUCACUAUGUAUGAACACAAACACAAGUUAUGAAUGUGUUUGUCUUUCUGGAUAUGAAAAAAGUAACGGAAGCUGUCUUGCCAGUGCGAUUGACAAAGAUGAUGUCAAUAUCGUCAGGAAUUUGACGAUUGUAGUCGUUAUAUGGAGUACACUGUGUUUUACGAUCGCCAUUAUUCUGGUUCUUAUCGCUGUAUUUAGCAUGUGUGCAGAAGUGUAUGGUGAAAAACGUGAACAAUUUGAGACAGAAUUGCACUCAAUGCCAGAGACUGUCACUUCUCCCGUCUACACGACAUAUCCAGCCAUGGAACAUUAUUAUGCAGACAACGAGUAAACAUACUUUUUGAAAUGAGGCCUUUAAAAAUGUAUUGCGGUUUUAUGCACAACAUAAAAAUUUGUCCAUAAAUUUAAUUAUCUAUGCACUCACAUAACGUACUUUUUGAUUUCACGUAAUAUUACUACUUUUAUACAGUUUUUAUACAGUUAUACACUAUUUAGUCGGCUAUCAGCUCAUGGUAAUCGACUCGAGCUCGUGGUAAUUUUUUUUAUAAUGU